CCUCUCUCGCCUCUCCCCGGGCGGACUCCAGCUCCUUAUACGGCUCGGUGGGGCACCUCGCGUCAAGCAGCACCAGGGUCCAGAGGCGUGUGUGCGUGUGUGUUUGAGUGUGCGCGCUCAGAGAGACACACACACUUCCACUAUGCGCUGCUCCUGAGCAGGCGAACAGCCCUCCACUUGCAGCCCCACUUCGGACCCACACCAUGGGGAGUCCCAGCAACAGCACCGACGUCCUCCAGAACGCCUCCGACCCGUUCGCGCGCAACGAGGAGGUGGCCCAGAUGGAGAUCCUGGUGCUCAGCGUCACCUUCGUGGUGGCGGUGGUGGGCAACGUGAGUGUCCUGUUGGCCAUGCACAACACCAAAAGGAAGAUGUCUCGCAUGCACCUCUUCAUCCGCCACCUGAGCCUGGCCGACCUGGUGGUGGCCUUCUGCCAGGUGUUGCCUCAACUCUGCUGGAAGAUCACGUACCGCUUCUACGGGCCGGACGUCCUCUGCCGCGUCGUCAAGCACCUGCAGGUGACGGGCAUGUUCGCGUCCACUUACAUGAUGGUGAUGAUGACGGUGGACCGCUACAUCGCCAUUUGCCACCCUUUAAAAACGCUGCAGCAGCCAACGCGGCGCUCGUGCGUCAUGAUCGUGUCGACGUGGACGUGCAGCCUGGCGCUCAGCGUGCCGCAGAUCUUCAUCUUCUCCCUCAGCGAGAUCCAGAACGGCACCGGGGUCUACGACUGCUGGGCGCACUUCAUCGAGCCAUGGGGUGCGCGCGCCUACAUCACCUGGAUCACCGUGGGCAUCUUCCUGGUGCCCGUGGUCAUCCUGGUGGUGUGCUACGGCUUCAUCUGCCACAGCAUUUGGAGGAACAUCAAGUAUAAGAAGAGGAAAAGCGCCGCCGGCAAGGACGGGCUCAUCGGCAAGAACUCGGUGAGCAGCAUCACCACUAUCUCCAGGGCCAAGCUCAGGACCGUCAAAAUGACCCUCGUCAUCGUGCUCGCCUACAUCGUGUGCUGGGCGCCCUUUUUCAUCGUGCAGAUGUGGUCGGUGUGGGACGACAACCUCCAGUUUGCCGAUUCCGAGAACACGGCAGUGACGCUGUCGGCGCUGCUGGCCAGUCUCAACAGCUGCUGCAACCCGUGGAUCUACAUGAUCUUUAGCGGCCACCUCCUCCAGGACUUUGUGCACUGUCUGCCCUGCUGCCACCGCAUGAAGGCGGACUUCCGCAAGGAGGACUCAGACAGCAGCCUGCGCCGGACCACGCUGCUCACCAAGGCGACCAAUCGCAGCCCCACAGGCAGUUCUGUCAACUGGAAGGAGCUGGACAAUUACCCCAAGUCUUCCGCUCAGGUCGAGUGAAUGUGCAGCCUGGCAACUGUUUUACGGGCCUGUGGAAUGGAAAAUUUAAGGUACACAAACACUGAGGGUGCGACCACAGGAGUGGGAAUGGGUACCCUGAAACAGUCGUUCCUGCUGAGGCAUUGUUUGAUUUGUCGUGCCCACCAGGAUGUUGGAGACAAUUGGGGGAAAUAAAACAAAAGACCCGUUAAUAAUGCUACUAAUGCAUCAUGGUGUCAUAUCGCCACAAGUCGUUUUACAGCAUUCCGACAUAGCUCACAUGAAUGACGUUCCCUCGCCGUCGUGUGAAUGCUGAGAGACAAGCCAAUGCUAUUAUAAGAGAAACCUUACCACUAACACGUUUGUCAUACAACAGAAACUGCUAAAUGCUAACUUAGUUAGCAUUGUCAUUAACAGGAAAAAUGUGCAAUCUGUAUUGGGCAUAGCGGCGCAAUUAUUUAACAGUUCUGUAAAGGCUAUUCAUUUUCUUUAGCCUUUUUUCCUGGUUCUUUGGAUCACAUUGCUACUGUAGAAGUAUGAAUGUCUAGUAUCAAUCACACAAUGAAAAAAAAUAAGAGCAAUAUAUUUGGUUAGAGCUCUGGACUCGAGCAUCAACAAGGAAGACUGACGAAUAGCCCAGUAUGAAAGCACACAGAGUCUACAUAGAGGUUGCCACGCCCCUUUUCAAAGUGAACGCUUGUGUAGAAAGCACAGCUUGUGUGAAUGAGAACAAUGCAUGCAUUGUGUGUCUGCCUCUUCUCCAGUAGUUUUCCAUCAGUCAUAUGUAAGUGUCGUGCAACUCUGAUUGUGCUAUGUGAGUGUGGGUGAGUGUGGGUGUUAUGAAGACCUCUAUGGGAAAGUAGACUUAGACUGACAAUGCACUUAUUAUUAGACUGAAUCUGAAAGUGUAAUAAUAAUAACAAUAAUACCCAUCAGUUUUGAAAUUCUUGAAUUUUUCCACAAGAAUACCAACCCAAUCACGCUCAUCCCCUAUGUUGCGAGCACGCUGUCAUAUGUGGUGAUAUACUGUACAGUCGUGCAUACACUGUUUAAGUCCUUAUUUUGUUUUAUUCAUUUGUCAACAUUUUGAUGCUGCAGUUGUCUUGUUGUACCCUAAAUGCUCUAAAAAUGGCCAGGUGCGUUUUUUUACUAAAAGCACAAUAGACUGAGGUGAGGCCAAUUUUUAUGAAAUGUGCAAAUUCAAUUGUAUUAAGUUCAUUUUUGACUAAAAUGAUCUAGAGUGCAUGAGAAAGUGGAAAAGGAAAACGUAAUUCUCUUUCACCACAUGGUCGUUUAUUGACACGUGUGUUGCACAACACAGCAGCAACAGGACCAAUGUUGUAAUAGCCAGCCAAUGAGUACACAAGCCAGCAUUAUUAGUGUUGAAGGGGUUGAAGGAGUUAGUGAAAAACUACAUCAGGGGGUUGCCUACAGCCACAGUCAUUGUUUUUUUUUGACCAAGUGCUAAUUAGAGAUCCAGGAGGUAACUACAGUAUAUGACACUCACCUCUGAAUAGGCAUUACCUGCAGCAUUUACGGUAAUUUUAUCUGUCCACUCUUUUACUACUCUUUAUUACUUUUGCUGUACCAUCUCUCAUUGCUGGGGGGCAUAUAUUCAUGGUGUCUUGGAAUUGCUGUGACCUACUGUGGUGUAUUUCUUCCCCCAGCACUUACAUUCCCACUAUUCAUUUCUUUCUUUGGCGUUCUGGCCCGCUUCUCUCAGCAUUCACGCGUGAUUUUUUGGGGGGUGUGGGGGGUACUGUAUGUUCUGGUUGCUUAUGGAAGGCUACAUUCCAGCUUUCAGUGGUGAUAACAUCUUCCAGCAGCACAGGGCAGCUCGAACACCCUUUUUCCUGUUCGUCAAAGUGUUUACAAAGCUUAAAACCCACAUAGCAGCCACGAGGUGUUGAAAAGAACCGGACCUCAUCCUUCUUCAUGAACACUCAGAAACACCUGAAGGGACCUCUCCUUUGAAGGAUGGCCACUUUUGAUUUGCAGUUUCACCUUUUUUUUCACCUUUUUUUCCCUUUCGAUUUUGUUCAAGGUUUCGUUUCACGUUGCAGCAGGGGUGCCACACCUCCUGACCCCGCACGUCCCUCCCAUGACUUACUCGGUGUUGGAGCUCACACAUUCCUCACACGCCACGUCAGCUUCUUUCAUUCAAGGCAUUCUGCCCCAAUAGUUGGCUGGGUGUGUGACAGAGAAUGGGGGUGUAGUUUGGGCUUCAGACAUCCACUAUUUCCUGCACAUGAAUGUGGCAUGUUGCACUGUAAAUGAUGCGUAGCUCCAAAACAAGUGACUGAGCAAAAGUCUUAGGCCACCAUUGGAUUUGUUGCAUGCGCAAAUGACCAUACAGUCCACCACUCCAAAAAAUGCACAACUGGAGUUCAAGCUUCUCAUAUGACCUCAAAAGUCAAAACAAACAAAGUCUCUUCAUGCGCAAUCAUCCAUGACACGUCAGCAAAUCUCAUGAUUUUGCUUUUUCUGUGGUGGCAAAAAUGGAAAAGUGUGACGACAACCACAGAGCCAGAACACAAUACAUGAGCAAUAUAAUUAAUCAACAUAAAUACACUUUUGAUAUAUUGUUGUGAUCUUUCUGCAUUUCUCUGCCACAGUGGGUCGCAUUAUUUUUUUGGAUCUGUUUUUGCACUGGACACUCUUUAUCCUGGAUUGGGACCGGCACUGUGCAUCGCAAAACAGCUGGAUGUUGGGGGCCCUGACUGGGAAUCCAACUUGCGCCGUCUGCACGACAGGCAGCAGUAAAUACGCUUAUUACAUACAACACAUAACAACAACACAAUAACAGGCCACUAGGUGACAGUGUCGUUGUACAAACACCUUCCGUUUUACUUCAUUUUAUUUACAUGAUUUCCUAUGGGAAACAACAACUUGGAGCGAUCCUAUAACAAAAAGGUUGCCUACAGCCACAGCUGUUGAUGCCAUUUUUUGUCCCACCUGGAAAACCCCGGCAGUUAUUUACUUUUGCCAAUGACGCACCCGGAGACGACAAGAGAUUCUGUGACUGAUUGAAUAGAAUAGAAUUUUAUGCUGAUGAAUCAUACCUGUCAACCUUCCCAUUUUCCGUGGCAAACUCCCGUAUUUUGCCCUUCUUUCUCGGUGCCCUCCCGUUUGAACAUUUUCCCAUAUUUUCGCUAGUGGAAAUUGUAGUGGAAAGACCUAUUUUUCUUAUUUUCCCUCAUUUUCCCUUAUUUUAAAAUGCAAAUGUUGACAGGUAGGCUCUUAAUAGUGACGCCAUCGCUCAUCGGAUUCAAACUCAAUCAAAGAAGAAAAUGUGCGUCUCGUUCAGGAGCGGUGAGCAGUGAGCAAUGACUUGAUACCAUUUUUGUCCCCCAUAGUAUACAACAACAAUGUGCACGGUUCCAUUGAUGCCACAGUGUACAGUUUUAACCAGAUCCUCACCAAACUUGAAUGUGCUCUUCUUUGGUCUGCGUACCGCCGCUCUGCAAAAUUUUGUGGAAAUCUAUUUUGUAUAUUGUACAAAAUCCUCCCAAUGUCAAAGCGACUAUGAAAAAUGGUGGGCCAAUACUUUUGCAGACUUCCAGUGUGUAAAAAAAAAAAAAAAAAAUCAAGUGUAAAAAGGAGUAAUAUAUGUCAAUUGUACGCCUCUGUAACGGCUUAUGCUCAUGUGAAUACCUUUGCAAAUAUAAGUUGGAAAUGUACAAGCUGG